AUGAUUCUUCUCACGGUGGCGCCAUUGCUUUGGGCGGCCAAUCUGCUGGCCGACGCCCUGGCAGUCCAAGCGGACCCCGAAGAGGGCGCUACUCUGCGACCGCGACCUCCCGCGAGGGACGAAGACGACAUGAGCCUCGGCUUCACCUCACAAUCUGGCCCAGAGACUUGGGAAGAGGACGCGCCAGAUGUGCCCAUUGGCGCGGACAGCACGGUCGGCGGCGAGGCGGAGGUCAGUAUGCCCCUGUCCAGGCUCCGUGACUCAGACGAGGGCGCCACCCUGCGCAGAGGACUGGGACUGCAAGUCGGCUCCUUCGUGCGGCACCUGGGCGCCCCGACGCCGCGCCAGCCCGCCGCGGCGGGCCCCGACGGCUGGCCGGAGGGCGUGGCGAGCCAGAGCGAGCAGUCGGAGGGCGGCGGCGCCGUGGUUUCGAUCCGGCUGUCCCGGGCCGUCGGGGACGGCCUCGGCCUCGGCCCACAGCUGGGCGCGAGGGCCCAGAAGGAGGGCGCGCCGGGCCGCGAGCACGACGAGGCAAGCGGCGAGGCGGAGGUCAGCAUGCCGAUGUCCGAGCGGGACGCAGUCGGCCCAGGCAGGGCCCUGGCCCCAGGGCCUGGGACGAGCGCCCGCGUCUCGCUGGAGGGGAGACUGGAGAGCGUCCCCUUGUGGUACGCCGACGUGCUCGAGGCGGCCAGCGAGCACCACGGUCACUUCUUCCGGCUCGUCUUCCUCGUGAACGUCCUGCUGGCCUCCGCCUUCUACUGCCAGCCUUCCAGGGGUCGCCGGGGUCGCAGCAAGCUUCCGACGACAUUGUGA